AUGUCAGAUGAGGAGCCGGAUGAUGAAGAUGAAGUCGAAGAUCAGAAGGAUGAUGCUGAAGAGAAAGGUGGAGACGAGGUGGAAGGGGAGGAGGAGAAGGAAGCGCCAGAGGAGGAGGAGGAAGAGGUAACAGAUUGGCGGCUUUUUUGUUUUGUUUUUAUGUUCAGAAAUGCAGGACACAAUUCAACCAAAGUUAGGCUCUUUCAUGUCAGUGGACGAAGGGUGAAAUCCUGUACGUGAGUUCUGAUGGCUGAGGAGUGAUAGGAUUUGGAGGAAACCUUGCUUGGUCCAUGGGUGUUAAAAUAAGGUAUUGCCAGCAGAACAGGAUGGAGUCUUGGGUGAUAUCUGAGCGGCAGACAAGAGCAACACAUUUACCCCCAUCCAUGGCACAGCAUUCCACCGGCCCUAGACUGGGCAGAAGAAAUUUCUUCCCUGUUGACUUCCGUGGUGGAGAAAGGCAAAUACUCCAAGAUGGGUCUGUUUCUUGUCUGCUGCCUUGGCCGGAAGAUUCAAGGCUAAUCAAAGAAACAUUUCAGCAUAGUGUAGCAUAGUAUAGCAUGAAAAUAGUAAUUUUUUUUAUUUGCAGAAUGUGAAUAGAUAUCUUUUCAAAAUGAGAGCAAGAGCAAAUGCUGAUGAGGAGAUGGGAGUCUGUUUGCCUCAAAUUAGGCCUCGUAUAAAUGAGAUUACCUGCCAAAAGCAAGCUCACACCUCUCAUUGAGUUUGUAUACAUACUUAAAGUACAUAUGCAAGAGGCUCAUUGGUUAUUAUAUUUCAGGAAUGGUUCAUGUUCUUACGUAACGUAGCUGCAUUGUUUCAUACUUUCUGGGUGCCCCAUGGUCAUCUCUGUAAAGGAUCAUGGACCCUGAUUUUAUCUAAGGCUGCCAGACUGCAACUCAGAUUGCAGCUGCCAUUUGCCGUAUUUUUUGUUCUAUAAGACUCACUUUUUCCCUCCUAAAAAGUAAGGGGAAAUGUGUGUGCGUCUUAUGGAGCGAGUGCAGGCUGUGCAGCUAUCCCAGAAGCCAGAACAGCAAGAGGGAUUGCUGCUUUCACUGCGCAGCGAUCCCACUUGCUGUUCUGGCUUCUGAGAUUCAGAAUAUGUUUUUCUUGUUUUCCUCCUCCAAAACCUAGGUGCAUCUUGCAGUCUGGUGCGUCUUAUAGAGCAAAAAUAUGGUAGAAUCAUAGAAUCAUAGAGUUGGAAGAGACCACAAGGGCCAUCGAGUCCAACCCCCUGCCAAGCAGGAAACACCAUCAGAGCACUCCUGACAUAUGGUUGUCAAGCCUCUGCUUAAAGACCUCCAAGAAGGAGACUCCACCACACUCCUUGGCAGCAAAUUCCACUGUCGAACAGCUCUUACUGUCAGGAAGUUCUUCCUAAUGUUUAGGUGGAAUCUUCUUUCUUGUAGUUUGGAUCCAUUGCUCCGUGUCCACUCCUCUGGAGCAGCAGAAAACAACCUUUCUCCCUCCUCUAUGUGACAUCCUUUUAUAUAUUUGAACAUGGCUAUCAUAUCACCCCUUAACCUCCUCUUCUCCAGGCUAAACAUGCCCAGCUCCCUUAGCCGUUCCUCAUAAGGCAUCGUUUCCAGGCCACUAAACUGGGGGGGCAGAGCGGCAAUGUCUUUGAUCACCUCUGACCCCAUUCCAGUCUUUUGAUGUGCCCCCCUAACCUGCCUUCUGUAGUGAACAGAAUUCCAGGUGUAACACAGGUGAGAAGGCACAGUGUGUGUAAAAUUUGUGGGGUUGAGGGAUAAGUCGUCAUUGCCUGAUCUCCUGAUUCAGAGGCAAAUUUAAAGAUUCAGCAGAAAUCUUUGCCGCUUUACAACUUUAAUUUUAUCCGAUGUCUUUUUUCUUCUUGCUGUGCUUCCUCCCUCCCAGCACCAAGUCUCAAACCCUCUCACCGAAGAGCACAUGAAGGAAGGCCUUUCGAUGUUAUGUAAAACCGGCAAUGGCCUGGCUCAUGCAUUUGUGAAAUUUGAGGCCAAAGAAAAGUGAGUGCACAGGCGUGACUAACCUGCCCCCCAUUUCUCCUCCCGUCCAAUGGGUGCAGCUGCCCAGAAACGGGAUAAUUUCCUUGUCCAAUCUUCCUGGGAAAAUUGAGCAGUUUGGGACAAACGCCCUGGUAAGCUAGCACUGGUAAAUAACAUUGCUUUCUGCCCUCAUCCUGCGGUAGGGAACUGACAGACAUCAACCUCAUUCAAGGCUUCAUCCACUUGCGUUAUGUAGACCUGUCAGAAAACCUGCUCCGAGACUUGUCCCCACUGUCAGGACUCACGCAUCUGCUGUGGCUGAAGGUGGAUGGCAAUCGGCUAACUAGCGCCGGCCUAGAUGAGCUGAUCUACCUGCAGCAUGCCAGCUUUGCCAGCAAUCACAUCAAGGACAGCAAUGGCAUUGGGCACCCACGGCUGGUCAGCCUCAACCUGAAAAGUAGGUGUGCAACGCUCAAGAGAGUCCCUCUAGCCCUCAACGACAAAACUCAUCCUCUGUAAUCUCCUGGGGGAAAGAAUCCCUUUCAUCACAGUCUAAUUCUUCCGUCACCCAGGUAAUGAGAUCGAGACAAUAACAGGACUGGACCCAGAAAAGCUGUCAAACCUGCAGACAAUCGAAUUGCGGGGAAACAGCCUAAAGUCUACAGCUGGAUUCUGCCUGCCCAAGCUGAAAACUCUGUACCUGGUAAGAGAACUUUACUGAUGACGGCUUCGUUAACUACGAACCCCAAAUGCCUGAGCAAACACAUGUGCUUUCAGUAUCACCAACCUCAGGGCUACUCAGGCUUCAUGUGGCCUGUUAAUUGUAUGCAUGCAGUUAAUGUCAUGCGUGAUUAUGCUGUGUUUCAUGCUGCAACAGAGUUUUGUAGUAUAGAUAUGCCCUCAAAUCUAUUGGAUUUCGACAGGUUACCAGUUAUAAGGUCCGCUUACCUUGCUGGGUAUAUGGAUGUACUCUGGAUCAAUACUAUGUCUGAGGACGUGGGUGGCGCUGUGGUCUAAACCAGGCAUAGGCAAACUCGGCCCUCCAGAUGUUUUGGGACUAGUCGUCAGGGAUGCUGAGUUUGCCUGUGCCUGGUCUAAACCACUGAGCCUCUUGGGCUUGCUGAUCAGAAGGUUGGCGGUUUGAAUCCCCGCUACGGGGUGAGCUCCUGUUGCUCCGUCCCAGCUCCUGCCAACCCAGCAGCUCAAAAGCACACCAGUGCAAGUAGAUGAAUAGGUACCAUUGCGGCAGGAAGGUAAACAGCGUUUCCAUGCACUCUGGUUUCUGUCACAGUGUUCCAUUGCACCAGAAGUGGUUUAGUCAUGCUGGCCUCAUGACCUGGAAAGCUGUCUGCGGACAAACGUCGGCUCCCUCGUCCUGAAAGCGAGAUGAGCGCCGCAACUCCAUAGUCGCCUUUGACCGGACUUAACUGUCCAGGGUCCUUUACCUUUUACUAUGUCGUCUUUCUCUUACAUUGCAACAUCUUUCCCCCUAGGCCCAGAAUGCCAUUACCGUAAUAGAGGGCCUAGAGGACCUGGGGCAGCUCACAACUUUGCAUCUGCGCGACAAUCAGAUUGAAACCCUGGAUGGCUUCUCAGCAAGCUUGAAGUCUCUCCAGUAUCUCAACCUACGGUGAGUUGUUUCCUGUAGUACAGAAUUUCCACCAGGGCCUCUUAGAAAUAAGAGGGGAAACGGCACAGGAGGCAGGGAGUGGUAUCUGAGCCAAGUCUACGUUUGAGACUGGUUCUUAGCUCCUUGAAGUAUUUGUUGUAAAUCAGGGGUGGUUAACCUGUGGCCCACCAGAGCAGUGUUAUAUGGUCCCAGUGGCCAUAUAGUGGCCUAUCCAUGCGUCAAAGGCUCCUGCCAUUCUCGGCUCACUCUGGUGCCCUUUCUAGAGUCGAUGUAUGUACAGCACAAGGGAUGCGGGAGGCACUGUGGUCUAAACCACAGAGCCUAGGGCUUGCUGAUCAGAAGGUUGGCAGUUCAAAUCCCUGCGAUGGGGUGAGCUCCCAUUGCUCGGUCCCUGCUCCUACCCACCUAGCAGUUUGAAAGCACUCUGGCGGGAAGGUAAACGGUGUUUCCAUGCGCUGCUCUGGUUUGCCAGAAGCAGCUUAGUCAUGCUGGCCACAUGACCCGGAAGCUGUACGCCGGCUCCCUUGGCCAAUAAAGUGAGAUGAGCGCCGCAACCCCAGAGUCAGCCACAACUGGACCUAAUGGUCAGGGGUCCCUUUACCUUUACCUAACCUGUGGCCCAUCAGAUAUUGGACUGUAACUGCCAUCAUCUCUGGCUAUUGGCCAUGCCAAUGAGACUGAUGGGAAUUGGAGCCAAACAGCUUCUGGGAAGGGUCACCCCUGCUGUACAGUGUUGUUACUGAGAUGUUGAACCAUAUUUGGCCACCAAAUCUGAGCAGGAGUGGUUGGAAUGAGAAAAUAAGAAAUCUGUGAAAGUAGAUAGCUGUAGCUAGCAAUCCUGAGCACGAGCAGUCUAUCUGAACAGUGAGAACUUGGAAUUUCAACAUCAGCAUCCUUAAAGCAUAGGUAGGAAACUGGAUCUGGCUGGUGGGCCACUGAUGGGGUGCUUUGAAGUCCCAACAAUCUCAGGACUUUGAAGUAGGGCUUGUGCAGGGCAUUGUGUGGUGCUUUGAAGCGGCGCUAAUCAACUGAUUGGAAGCACUACAAAGUGCUGAGCAGUGCUUUUUGCAAACCCCUGGAUCAGCUGACUGCUGACCACCUGCCUUGCUCUCGCUGCCAAUCAGCUGACUGACAGUGACAGCAAGCCUCCCUUUCCAAUGCGCAACUGAGAGUGCACUUUAAGGCUCUCAGCUGUGCACUGGCAGCACCAGUGCACAAGGACAAAUAAUGUCAGGUGUGGAGGAAAUUGCCCCAUGAGCCAAAUUGGGCCCAUAGGCUGGGCAUAAUCAUUAUCAUUAUCAUAUUUAUAUUUAUACCCCUGCCACUCUGGGCAGCUUCCAACACAUAUAAAAACAUGAUAAGACCUCAAACAUUAAAAACUUCAGGUGUCUUCUAAACGUUGUGUAGUUCUUUUUCUCUGAUGGGAGGGCGUUCCACAGCGAGGGUGCCACUACCGAGAAGGCCCUCUGCCUGGUUUCCUGUAACCUCACUUCUUCCAGUGAGCAGGGACAGGGAGUAUCUAAAUAGUGCCCAAGUCAGGUACACAGGACGCACCCUCCAAGGGGCAGGGCAUGGAAGGAGCCCGCUUUGGCCCUGGCACAGGGGUGCACUUGUGUGCCCCAGUUCAGGGGAGUGGGCGGCAGCAUUGCCGACCACUCUCCUCUCUCCACCAGAGCUGCCAGCUGGCUGUGAGGAAACAGAAGAUUGGGAAGGGGGAGAUGUGGCUGGGCGUGUCAGACAGGGGCAGGACACACAGAAGGUGAUCUUCAACCUCUGUGAUCUCCAGGCCCCGCCGUUGGCAGAGCGCAAGGGGUGGUCUCUCGGGGGGGGGGCACAUGGCUCAUGCCUCCCAGGUUGUGCGUCUGGGGCCAUGGCUCCUAUGCCCCCCCCACGCUAUAUCACUGGCAGUGGGGGAACUCAGAGCUGGACCUCAGUGCCCAGGCUGAACGAUGGGGGUGGAGAUGCUCCUUCAGGUAUAGGGGGCUGGGGCCAUUUAGGGCUUUAAAUAUCAACACCAACACUUUGAAUUGUGCUUGGAGAUGUAGUGGAAGCCAGUAUAGAUUUUUUGGGAGCUGUGUUAUGCGGUCCCAGUGGCCAUAUAGUGGCCUAGCCAUGCUUCAAAGGCUCCUGCCAUUCUCGGCUCACUCUGGUGCCAUUUCUAGAGUCUAUGUAUGUACAGCACAAGGGUGGCACUGUGGUCUAAACCACUGAGCCUAGGGCUUGCCGAUCAGAAGGUUGGCGGUUCGAAUCCCCGUGACGGGGUGAGCUCUCAUUGCUGGGUCCCAGCUCCUGCCAACCUAGUAGUUUGAAAGCAGCGCAAGUAGAUAAAUAGGUACCACUCUGGCGGGAAGGUAAAUGACAUUUCCGUGCGCUGCUCUGGUUCGCCAGAAGCGGCUUAGUCAUGCUGGCCACAUGACCCGGAAGCUGUACGCUGGCUCCCUCGGCCAAUAAAGCGAGAUGAACGCCACAACCCCAGAGUCGUUUGCGACUGGACCUAAGGGUCAGGGGUCCCUUUACCUAUGUACAGCACAGGAAGACUGCCUUGUGCAUAGAAGGUACUUAACUAUGGCACUGGCUGUUAAGGGAAAACUGGCAUCAGAGAGCCAAACCGGUGCACAGAGGGAACAUUUUCAGCAGGAGGACCUGGAAGUUCCCGCACCUGCUAACUUCUUCAUUCUCCUGCAGGGGGAAUGCGAUUGUGCAGCUCCAGGAAGUGUCAAAGCUGCUGGUGCUGCCCAUGUUACGAGCCCUGGUCUUGCUAGACAACCCUUGCACGGAGGAGGGGGACUACCGGGUGGAAGUGCUGGUGAUGCUUCCACGCCUUGAGCGCCUCGAUAAGGAUUUCUUUGAAGAGGACGAACGGACGGAUGCCGAGGAGCUACGGCAGAGGCGCCGGGAAGAAGAGCUGGAACUAGAGAGAGAGAAGGAGAGAGAGAAGGAGCUGGAGCUGGAAGUGAGACACAAAGGGGGGUGGCAGGAGGGGCAGCGAAGGCUCAAAUUGUCAGGAGCCACAGAGAACCACACUCUCCUCCCUUUGGUGACACAGCCUCUUUCCCUGCCGUUUUUUAAAGUGAUAAAAUUUGGCUAUAAUGGAGGAGGGGGUGGAAAGGAGUGUGUGGAUUUAAUUUACAGUCAUACCUCGGGUUGAAUGCGCUUUGGGUUGAGCGCGUUCAAGUUGCGCUCCGCGGCAACCCAGAAGUAACGGAGCGCAUUACUUCCGGGUUUUGCCACUUGCGCAGACGUGCCAUCGCUAGUUACAUUUGCUUCUGGAUGCGAACGGGGCUCCGGAACAGAUCCCAUUCGUAUCCAGAGGUACCACUGUAUUUGUUUCUCCCCAUAAUUUGAGCACAGGGGCAGGGGUGGUGCGAAUAGUGUAGAUCCCCACUUAAGAAGAGAAAAGCCUGAAAUCAGGAAUCUGGUCACAUUCAGCCUUAGAUCACUCCCUGCGUUGUCGCUCUCUCUGGGCGGGAUCCAAUCGCAUGCAUGCUAGUUGCUUUGUUAAAAGCUGACCUGGAGGUCUUGCUCAACAACAAUGUUAUAAUGAAUUCUGUGCAGCACAUUAUACUGGGGAAAGGGGUUGAAAAUGAAACAAGAAGUCUUAAUGCCAUUUUUCAAAUCUAUGGCAUGGCCACCGUUAGAAUACUGCGCACCGCUGUGGUCCUCGCAUCUCCAGAUGGAUAUCUCAGAGCUGGGAAAGGUGCAGAAAAUGGCAGCCGUUGACACCCACACCCAUUCAAAGUGCUUGGCCCAAACCACAAGUCAUAGGCUUUCUGCCCUGGUUGUUGAGCUCCCAGAGACAUCUGGCUGGUCACUGUUGGAAAAAGAGUGCCAUAGGCCGAUCUUCUGGGCAAAAUAUCUUGAGAUGUUUCAGGUGGCAAGUGAACAUUAUUAGGAGGAUGAAAGCAUAACAUGGAAAGUAAAGAUGCUGUGAGUAUGUGUUUAGCCUCUCAUAGGCCUGGGUGUCCACCGCUAGCAUGCUAGCCUUGUUCAGCAGCUGUUCUUAACUCUUUGUGUGUCAGGACUCCGAGCGAAUGAGAGAAUGAAUGAAGCAAUUUUUUCACAUCCACAUUUCUCUACCGGGGGGCAUGGGUGGGGAGACUUUUGAAGCAGGAAUUCAAGCAGCUGGUUUCCUUCUUUCUAAGGAAUGCUUCCAGAUGGGUGCUUUAUGGCAGGACUGGUGCUCCUCAUGCAUUCAAGUGUUUGCAGCAUCCACACAACAUAAUUGGUGUUGAAAUACCAGCCCAUUUCCCCCCUCCCCCAAUUUAAUCUGGAUCUGUCCUUUCUGGAUAAAAUCCAAUAAAUUAAAAAUAACUCCUGCCAGUGGUCCAUUUGCAACCCCUUUGCUGUGCUGUAGCAAUGGGGGGGGGACAACCAGGUUUUUCACCCCAGGUGAAACCCCCAGAGGGGCGCCAUUGAGGCUCCCAGCCCGUGUGUGUGUGUGUAGGCAAAUGCAUGUGUGUGUGUGUGGGGGGGUGUCUUUGACCUGGGUGAAAUAAAGCCUAGUUUCACCCCUACUCUUUGCAGCUCCCGCCUGGAAGCAAACUGUAAAUGUCAGCAUUCUGUGCUUUUAGUUGUGUGAUCCUAUGGCUAAUCCGAAAAUGAAUAAAACCAUACCUACAGAAGAGAAUAUAUAUAUAUAUAUAUAUAUAUAUAUAUAUAUAUAUAUAUAUAAAAUUGAUCACCACCAUUUAUUAGUUAUAAAGCUUCUAAUAUGUUCUAGAUGCUAUAAAAACAGACAGACAGACAAGCAUAAGGCUAGCUCAGUUGGUAGAGCAUAAGACUCUUAAUGCCGGGAAUAUGGGUUUGAGUCCCACACUGGCCGGAAGAUUUCUGCAUUGCAGGGGGCUGGUUUUGAUGACCCUCGUGGUCCUUUCCAACUCUACAAUUCUGUGAGUAGCUGACCGCUAAUAAAAGAGAUGAAAGCAGAAGGCAGUUGGAGGGAAAGGAGAAAUUUUGCGCUAAGGUUGUUAGACUUGAUGCUCUAGGAGUGCAUAAUCAUCCAGUGAGAAGUUUUACACCAGCCGCCUCAGAAUUGCUGGCCGCUGCGCAUUCCCAUCCAUUUCAACAGAGUCGGCACAGAAGACCCUCUGUGUGGAUUGUGCACUUCUUCUGAUCUUAGUAUCUGGGCUCUCAAGAAGCGGAUGGGACCAGCCCUCUCCUUGUGCGUCUUGCGGGUGUCGUGUAUGCCAAAUCAGGCCGCCUGCCACCUGAAAGACCCUCCAUCCGGAAAUAACCCAAUUUCCCUCUCUUCUUCCUAUCCACUCCGCCCCCUCCCCUUUUUCUUCCAGGAAACGGAUGACCUCGCUCAGGAGGAAGAUGCGCCAGAAUGA